AUGCGCCGAUCAACCGCGACCGCGCUGUUCCUGCUGUAUCUGAUGGCUGUGGGGACAGCAGCGGCCCGCCGGCUGCAUCAAGGAGACGAGUGGGAUGAAGAUACCGUUGGUGGCGAUGAAGUCUCGCCCCCAGCAGCCACCAAGGGCGUUGGCGAGGAGGAGGUUGGCACGGAUGCCGCCACACUGGCAGCAGCCGAGGAGGAGGAGGCCAGCCUGCUUGGUGCGACGCAAAAAGCCAGCAGCGCUAGCACCGACGCCAAGCAAGGCGCUGGCACCAAGGGAAAGGAGGGACCUGAAGAGACUGACGAGAAGGAGGACAGCGAGGACAGCGCCAAGGCGGCCGGAAAGGGCGCCGCUGCCAGCGACGAGGGCGAGGAGAAGAAGGUGCCAGUGCCGCCCACGCCCGCCGACGAGGACAGCAGCAACAGCGGUGACAAGGAGACAGAGGAGGAUUAUGACUACGGUGACUAUGGGCAGGAACCGAAGGAGGAGGAGGCGGAAGAGAAGAAGGGCUCAGCAACAGCAGCAUCCUCCACCGGCGUGAGCACAAAGGCUGCCGCCAACGCCACCGCCGCUGCCGGCAAGGCACCCGCCAAGGGCAAAGAGGGCAAGGAGGAGAUGGCAGCGUCAGACAAGGAGGCAGAGGCUCCAGCAGCAGAAGGAGGUGGCUCCAGCAAAAGCAAGGGCAGCAAGGCCAGCUCCAAAACCAGCAAACCUGCCGAGGCAGAGGCAGAAGAGGAGGAGGAGGAGGAGGAGGAGGAGGAGGGCAGCCCCACAGCAGCUUCUGCACCUUUGCCCAGCAGCCGGGAGGAGGAGGAGGCAGAGGAGGCACCCGCCAAGAAGAACAAGGGCACCAAGCCAUACACCCCGAAGAAGACAGGCAGCAAAGCAGCAGCGACGGCAGUCGCGCCGGCUCCUGGGCCUGCUCCUUGGCAGGCCCCGGAGGAAGAGAAGGAGACAGGGAAGACUAAGAAGACUGGCGCCAAGGCAGACGAGAAGAAGGCGGGCAGCAAAGCAGCCGUUCCAGCUGCCGCCCCAGCACCCGCAGCAGGGGAAGAGGAGAGCAGCGGCAAGCAAGGCGGCGGCAAGGCAGGUGUGAAGGAGCAGAGCGGCGAGGCGGCGCCUGCUCCUGCUCCAGCUGCGAAGCACCAGCAUGGGAAGGAGGAGGGGGAAAAGGCAACCAAGGCAUCAGGCAGCAGCAGCAAGGGGGAGGAGGCAUCAGAGCUGGCGGGCGAUGUUGAGAGCGGCACACCGACACCGCCGCCACCUGAGGAGGAGGCCUUUGGCGAGGGUGCAUCUGGGCCAGACUCCAAGCCCGAGGCAGAGCAGGAGGGUCUCGAGGGAGGGGAGGACGAGGCAGAUGCUGCGGCGACCGGCGGCCAGGAGAAGGCAGCAGCCACGGAGAAGCAGCAGCAGGAGGGGGAGGAGCAGCAGGAGAAGGCAGCAGGCACCCAGGCUGCCGAGGACGAGGAUGUGGAGUCGGCGGUGGUGAAGGAGCAGCAGGAAGCCAGCGCCGCUUUUGGAAGCUUUAUCCCUGGCCAGACAGCGCUGGUGGUGCUGGGUGCGGCGGUGGCUGGUGCCGCGGCAUUCUGGUAUUGGCGCCGCAGGCGGCAGGCUGCGGCGCGCCACGGCGGCGGCGCUGGAGGGCUGGAGAUGGCGCAGCACACAAAGUAUGCACCCAUGCCCUCCCGCCCGCCUGCCUCCGACGACAGCUGGGGCACGGGCCAGCAGCAGCAGCAGCGCCAGGUGCAGCGUGACUCGUCGUGGGAUCAGGACUGGUGA